UACAAAUACAAAGAUGGUUACCGAAAGCAGCUGGGCCACCACAUUGGAGCCCGGAACAUCGAAGAUGACCCUAAGAUGAUGUGGUCCAUGCACGUGGCUAAGAUCCAGAGUGACAGGGAGUACAAGAAGGACUUUGAGAAGUGGAAGACCAAGUUCAGCAGCCCAGUGGACAUGCUGGGGGUGGUGCUGGCCAAGCAAUGCCAGACCUUGGUCAGUGACGUGGACUAUAAGAACUACCUGCAUCAGUGGACGUGCCUGCCAGACCAGAACGAUGUGAUCCAUGCUCGGCAGGCCUAUGACCUCCAGAGCGAUAAUGUGUACAAGUCAGAUCUCCAGUGGCUGAGAGGCAUUGGCUGGGUCCCCAUCGGGUCUCUGGAUGUGGAAAAGUGCAAGAGAGCUGCAGAGAUCCUGAGUGACAACAUCUACCGCCAGCCUCCAGACAAGCUGAAGUUCACCAGUGUGACUGACUCUCUGGAACAGGUGCUGGCCAAAAGCAACGCCCUCAACAUGAACAAGCGCUUAUAUACAGAAGCCUGGGAGAAGGAUAAGACUCAGGUCCAUAUUAUGCCUGAUACACCAGAAAUUAUGUUGGCCAGACAAAACAAAAUAAACUAUAGUGAGAACUUCUAUCGGCAAGCCAUGGAAGAAGCCAAGAAGGAAGGCUACGACUUGAGGAGCGAUGCCAUUCCCAUCGUGGCGGCCAAGGCCUCCCGGGACAUCGCCAGUGAUUACAAAUACAAAGAAGCCUAUCGGAAGCAAUUGGGUCACCACAUUGGCGCCCGAGCAAUACACGAUGACCCCAAGAUGAUGUGGUCCCUCCAUGUCGCCAAAGUGCAGAGUGACCGAGAGUACAAGAAAGAAUUUGAGAAAUACAAGACAAGGUACAGCAGCCCAGUGGACAUGCUUGGUAUCGUUUUAGCCAAGAAAUGUCAGACCUUGGUCAGUGAUGUGGACUACAGACACCGGCUGCAUGAAUGGAUCUGCCUGCCUGACCAGAAUGAUGUCAUUCAGGCUCGGAAAGCAUAUGACCUCCAGAGUGAUAAUCUGUACAAGGCAGACCUCGAAUGGAUGAAAGGCAUUGGAUGGGUUCCAAUUGGUUCCUUGGAAGUUGUUAAGGCCAAGAGGGCCACAGAGAUACUAAGCGAUAAUAUCUACCGUCAGCGUCCAGAUAAAUUGAAAUUCACCAGUAUAACUGACUCCCUGGAGCAGGUGCUGGCGAAGAACAAUGCAAUAAACAUGAAUAAGCGCUUGUACACCGAAGCCUGGGACAAUGACAAGAAAACCAUCCAUGUCAUGCCUGACACGCCUGAAAUCAUGCUGGCCAAACUCAACCGAAUCAACUACAGCGAUAAACUCUACAAACUGGCCCUGGAGGAGUCCAGGAAGGAAGGUUAUGACCUGCGCUUGGAUGCCAUUCCCAUCCAAGCAGCCAAGGCUUCAAGAGAUAUUGCCAGUGAUUACAAAUACAAAGAAGGCUACCGCAAACAGCUGGGCCACCACAUUGGGGCCCGGAACAUCAAGGAUGACCCCAAGAUGAUGUGGUCCAUCCACGUGGCCAAGAUCCAGAGUGACAGGGAGUACAAGAAGGACUUUGAAAAGUGGAAGACCAAGUUCAGCAGCCCAGUGGACAUGCUGGGGGUGGUGCUGGCCAAGAAGUGCCAGAUCCUUGUGAGUGACAUAGACUAUAAGCACCCUCUGCACGAGUGGACCUGCCUGCCAGAUCAGAAUGAUGUCAUUCAGGCUCGAAAGGCCUAUGACCUGCAGAGUGAUGCUGUGUACAAGGCUGAUUUGGAGUGGCUGAGGGGCAUUGGAUGGGUCCCCAUUGGCUCUGUAGAGGUCGAGAAGGUGAAGAGAGCGGGAGAAAUCCUGAGUGACAGGAAGUAUCGCCAGCCUGCAGACCAGCUCAAGUUCACAUGCAUUCCUGACACCCCUGAAAUUGUCCUGGCAAAAAAUAAUGCCAUCACUGUGAGCAAGCAUUUAUACACAGAAGCUUGGGAUGCGGACAAAGCCUCCAUCCACGUGAUGCCAGACACGCCAGAAAUCCUGCUGGCCAAGAGCAAUUCUGCCAAUAUCAGCCAGAAACUUUAUACCAAGGGAUGGGACGAAUCAAAGAUGAAGGACUACGAUCUGAGAGAAGAUGCCAUUUCCAUCAAAAGUGCCAAGGCCUCCAGGGACAUUGCCAGUGAUUAUAAAUACAAAGAAGCCUAUGAGAGACAAAAAGGCCACCACAUUGGAGCCCAAAGCGUUGAAGAUGAUCCCAGGAUUAUGUGUGCCAUGAAUGCAGGCAAGAUUCACAGUGACAGGUUGUACAAGAAGGAAUUUCAGAAGUGGAAGACCAAGUUCAGCAGCCCAGUGGACAUGCUGGGGCUGGUGCUGGCCAAGAAGUGUCAGACCCUGGUCAGCGAUAUCGAUUAUCGCAACUACCUGCAUAACUGGACGUGCCUGCCUGAUCAAAACGACAUUAUCCAAGCAAAGAAAGCCUAUGACCUGCAGAGUGAUAGCGUGUAUAAAGCAGACUUGGAAUGGCUUCGAGGCAUUGGCUGGAUGCCAGAAGGCUCUGUAGAAAUGACCAGAGUGAAAGGUGCUCAAGACCUCGUGAAUGAAAGGCUGUAUAGGACGCGACCAGAAGCCUUGAAGUUCACCUCCAUUGUUGACACUCCAGAAGUUGUGCUAGCAAAAGCCAAUUCUCUGCAAAUGAGUGAGAGGCUGUAUCAGGAAGCCUGGAAUAAAGAUAAAAGCAACAUCAGUAUUCCUUUGGAGACCCCAGUCAUGCUGCAGGCUCAGAUCAAUGCCUUGCAGAUCAGCAAUAAACUCUACCAAAAAGACUGGGAUGAGACCAAGCAGAAAGGCUAUGACUUAAGAGCAGACGCCAUUGAAAUCAAGCAUGCCAAAGCAUCGAGAGAAAUCGCCAGUGAGUACAAAUACAAAGAAGGCUAUAGGAGACAGCUGGGCCACCAUGUGGGUUUCCGCAGCCUGCAGGAUGACCCCAAGUUGGUAUGGUCUAUACAUGCUGCCAAGAUCCAGAGUGACAGAGAGUACAAAAAAGCCUAUGAGAAGUCUAAAGGGAUUUAUAACACACCCUUAGACAUGAUGUCAAUUGUUCAAGCCAAGAAAUGCCAAGUCCUUGUCAGUGACAUCGAUUAUCGCAAUUACCUGCACCAAUGGACAUGCCUGCCGGAUCAGAAUGACGUGAUCCAGGCUAAGAAAGCCUACGAACUGCAGAGCGAUAAUGUGUACAAAUCAGACCUGGAAUGGAUGAAGGGUAUUGGAUGGUUGACAGAGGGUUCUGUGGAAGUGAUGAGAGUGAAGAAUGCUCAGAAUCUUUUGAAUGAAAGGUUGUAUCGUAUAAGGCCUGAGGCCCUCAAGUUCACCAGUAUUGUGGACACACCAGAAGUGGUCCUGGCGAAAACCAAUGCUCUGCAGAUCAGUGAGCCAUUGUAUCGCGAUGCCUGGGACAAAGAGAAGGCAAAUGUGAAUGUGCCAGCCGACACGCCAGUGAUGCUGCAGUCCAAACUCAAUGCCAUCCAGAUUAGCAACAAACACUAUCAGAAAGCUUGGGAAGACGUCAAGAUGACGGGUUAUGACAUACGAGCAGAUGCCAUUGGGAUCCAGCAUGCCAAGGCUUCUCAGGAUAUUGCCAGUGAUUAUUUGUACAAGACUGCCUAUGAGAAGCAGAAAGGCCAUUACAUUGGAUGCCCCAGUGCCAAGGAAGACCCGAAAUUGGUUUGGGCAGCGAAUGUGUUGAAAAUGCAAAAUGACAGGCUGUACAAAAAGGCCUACAAUGACCACAAGGCCAAGAUCACCAUCCCAGUGGACAUGGUAUCCAUCAAUGCUGCCAAAGAAGGCCAGGCAUUAGCAAGUGACGUGGACUAUCGCCAGUACCUGCACCAGUGGUCCUGCUUCCCUGACCAGAAUGAUGUGAUCCAAGCCAGGAAAGCCUAUGACCUGCAGAGUGAUGCCAUCUACAAGGCUGACUUGGAGUGGCUGCGUGGCAUUGGCUGGAUGCCAGAAGGGUCUCCUGAGGUGCUGAGAGUCAAAAAUGCCCAGGAGAUCCUGUGCGACAGCAUCUACCGCACACCUGUGGUGAAGCUCAAGUACACGAGCAUCGUGGACACCCCUGAAGUUGUCCUUGCCAAGUCAAACUCCGAAAAUAUCAGUAUUCCGAAGUACAGAGAAGUUUGGGACAAAGAUAAAACUUCCAUCCACAUAAUGCCAGACACUCCUGAAAUUAAUCUCGCUAGAGCCAAUGCUCUUAAUGUGAGCAAUAAACUCUACCGUGAAGGAUGGGAUGAAAUCAAAAUGAGCUGUGAUGUCCGGCUGGACGCCAUCCCCAUCCAGGCUGCCAAGGCCUCCAGGGAGAUUGCCAGUGAGUAUAAAUACAAGCUUGACCAUGAGAAGCAGAAGGGACACUACGUGGGCACCCUCACAGCCAGGGAUGAUAACAAGAUCCGGUGGGCCCUCAUAGCUGGCAAGCUUCAGAAUGAAAGAGAGUACCGGCUGCAGUGGGCCAAAUGGAAGACCAAGUUCCAAAGCCCUGUGGACAUGCUGUCUAUCCUGCAUUCUAAAAAGUGCCAGACUCUGGUCAGCGACAUUGAUUAUCGAAAUUACCUACAUGAGUGGACAUGCAUGCCUGAUCAGAACGAUGUGAUUCAAGCCAAGAAAGCCUACGAACUACAGAGCGAUGCUGUUUACAAGGCUGACUUGGAAUGGUUACGUGGAAUUGGGUGGAUGCCAAAUGAUUCUGUUUCUGUCAAUCAUGCCAAACAUGCUGCAGAUAUCUUCAGUGAGAAAAAAUAUCGCACAAAAAUAGAAACUCUCAAUUUUACUCCUGUGGAUGACAGAGUUGAUUAUGUGACAGCAAAACAAAGUGGUGAGAUCCGCGAUGAUAUUAAAUACCGGAAAGACUGGAAUGCCAUCAAAUCGAAGUAUACCCUCACAGAAACCCCACUGCUGCAUACUGCCCAAGAGGCAGCCCGGAUCCUGGACCAGUACCUCUACAAGGAAGGCUGGGAGAAACAAAAAGCCACAGGUUACAUUUUGCCACCAGAUGCUGUGCCAUUUGUUCAUGCCCAUCACUCCAGUGAUGUUCAGAGUGAGCUGAAAUACAAAGCUGAACAUGUUAAGCAGAAAGGUCACUAUGUUGGUGUUCCCACCAUGAGAGACGAUCCUAAGCUGGUUUGGUUUGAGCAUGCAGGACAGAUUCAGAAUGACAGACUCUACAAGGAAAACUAUCACAAAUCAAAGGCCAAAAUCAAUAUACCUGCUGACAUGGUGUCAGUUGUGGCUGCCAAGGAGGGGCAGAACCUUGUCAGUGAUAUUGAUUACCGCCAUUACCUGCACCAAUGGACAUGUCAUCCUGACCAAAAUGAUGUUAUUCAGGCAAGGAAGGCCUAUGACCUUCAGAGCAAUAAUAUCUACAAAGCUGACCUGGAAUGGCUUCGAGGCAUUGGCUGGAUCCCCCUGGACUCAGUGGACCACGUGAGGGUUACCAGGAACCAGGAAAUGGUGAAUCAGAUAAAAUACAAGAAAGACGCUCUUGACAACUACCCCAACUUUACAAGUGUGGUAGAUCCCCCAGAGAUUGUCUUGGCCAAGAUUAACUCAGUUAAUCAAAGUGAUGUGAAAUAUAAAGAGACAUUUAAUAAAGCCAAGGGCAAGUAUAUAUUUUCUCCAGAUACACCGUAUAUCUCCCACUCUAAAGACAUGGGAAAACUCUACAGUACCAUACUGUACAAGGGAGCAUGGGAGGGAACCAAGGCCUAUGGCUACACCUUGGAUGAGCGUUAUAUUCCCAUAGUUGGAGCCAAGCAUGCAGACCUGGUAAACAGUGAGCUGAAAUACAAAGAAACAUAUGAAAAACAGAAGGGUCACUACCUGGCUGGCAAAGAAAUCAGUGAGUUCCCUGGUGUGGUCCACUGUCUGGAUUUCCAGCAGAUGAGGAGUGCGUUGAACUACAGAAGAGAUUAUGAGGACACAAAAGCAAAUGUGCAUAUCCCCAAUGAUAUGAUGAACCACGUGUUGGCUAAAAGAUGCCAGUACAUCCUCAGCGACCUGGAAUACCGACACUACUUCCACCAGUGGACAUCACUUCCAGAAGAGCCCAGUGUUAUCCGUGCCCGAAAUGCCCAGGAGAUCUUAAGUGAUAAUGUAUAUAAAGAUGACUUGAAUUGGCUGAAAGGCAUUGGCUGCUAUGUUUGGGAUACACCCCAGAUCCUCCAUGCCAAGAGAUCAUAUGACCUCCAAAGUCAGAUACAGUACACAGCAGCAGGUAAAGAAAAUCUACAGAACUACAACAUGGUCACAGAUACGCCAGUUUAUGUGACUGCUCUUCAGAGUGGCAUUAAUGCCAGUGAGGUGAAAUACAAAGAAAAUUAUCAUCGGAUUAAGGACAAGUAUACCACAGUGGUAGAAACGGUGGAUCACGACAGAAUCAAGAAUCUGAAGAGUCUGUAUAGCAGUAACCUGUACAAGGAGGCCUGGGAUAAGGUGAAAGCCACCAGCUAUGUCCUGCCGACCAGCACCUUGUCUCUGACACACGCCAAGAACCAGAAGCAUCUGGCCAGCCGUAUCAAAUACCGAGAAGAAUAUGAAAAGUUCAAAGCUCUUUAUACUUUACCAAAAAGUGUUGAAGAUGAUCCAAACACAGCACGGUGCCUGCGAGUGGGCAAGCUUAACAUUGAUCGCCUGUACAGAUCUGUGUAUGAAAAGAACAAAAUGAAAAUCCACAUUGUGCCUGACAUGGUGGAGAUGGUGACUGCCAAGGAUUCUCAGAAGAAAGUCAGUGAGGUCGACUACCGCCUGCACCUCCAUGAGUGGAUUUGCCACCCUGACUUGCAAGUCAACAGUCACGUCAGGAAAGUUACAGACCAGAUCAGUGACAUUGUAUAUAAGGAUGACCUCACCUGGCUGAAGGGCAUUGGUUGCUACGUCUGGGACACUCCUGAAAUUCUCCAUGCAAAACAUGCUUAUGAUCUUCGCAAUGAUAUCAAGUACAAAGCUCAUGUACAGAAGACGAGGAAUGACUACAAGUUGGUGACAGACACACCAGUCUAUGUUCAGGCUGUCAAAAGUGGGAAGCAGCUCAGUGAUGCUGUCUACCACUACGACUAUGUGCACAGCAUCAGAGGCAAAGUGGCUCCAACUACAAAAACCGUGGACCUGGACCGGGCUCUUCAUGCAUACAAGCUCCAGAGUGAGAAUCUGUACAAGAAAGGCCUGCGUUUCCUGCCCACUGGGUACAGACUUCCUGUUGAUACCCCUCACUUCAAGCACAUCAAGGGCACCCGAUACAUGAGCAGCUAUUUCAAGUACAAAGAAGUCUAUGAACACAUCAAGGCCAACGGGUAUACACUUGGACCCAAGGACGUCCCAUUUGUCCAUGUCCGGAGAGCCAACAAAGUUACUAGUGAGAGAUUGUAUCGAGAACUGUACCAUAAACUGAAAGACAAGAUCCAUACAACUCCCGACACACCUGAAAUUCGCCAAGUCAAGAAGACACAAGAAGCUGUCAGUGAAUUGAUCUACAAAUCAGACUUCUUCAAGAUGCAGGGCCACAUGAUCUCCCUGCCAUACACACCCCAGGUGUUGCAUUGUCGCUACGUGGGAGACAUCACCAGUGAUAUUAAGUACAAAGAGGACUUGCAGAUCUUGAAGGGACUUGGGUGCUUCUUAUAUGACACUCCUGACAUGGUCCGCUCCCGGCAUCUGAGGAAGCUCUGGUCUAAUUACCUGUACACUGAUAAUGCAAGGAAGAUGCGAGACAAAUACAAAGUGGUACUUGACACCCCAGAAUACAGAAAGGUUCAAGAACUGAAGACCCAUCUGAGUGAGCUGGUGUACAGAGCUUCAGGCAAGAAGCAGAAGUCCAUCUUCACUUCAGUUCCUGACACUCCUGACCUUCUGAGAGCCAAGCGGGGUCAGAAGCUUCAGAGUCAGUACCUGUAUGUUGAACUUGCCACUAAAGAGAGACCCCAUCACCAUGCCGGAAACCAGACCACAGCCUUGCAACACGCUAAAGAUGUGAAGGACAUGGUCAGUGAGAAAAAGUACAAGAUUCAAUAUGAGAAGAUGAAGGACAAGUACACUCCAGUCCCAGAUACGCCGAUCCUCAUCAGAGCCAAAAGGGCUUACUGGAAUGCCAGUGAUCUACGCUACAAAGAAACAUUUCAAAAGACCAAAGGGAGAUACCACACUGUGAAGGAUGCCCUGGACAUUGUAUAUCAUCGCACAGUCACAGACAACAUCAGUAAAGUGAAAUACAAGGAGAACUACAUGAGCCAGCUGGGAAUCUGGAGGUCCAUUCCUGACCGCCCCGAGCAUUUCCACCACCGGGCAGUCACAGACGCUGUCAGCGAUGUGAAAUAUAAAGAAGAUCUGACCUGGCUUAAAGGCAUUGGCUGCUAUGCCUAUGAUACCCCUGACUUCACGCUGGCGGAACAGAACAAGACUCUCUAUAGCAAGUAUAAGUAUAAAGAAGUAUUUGAAAGAACAAAGUCAGAUUUCAAGUAUGUUGCUGACUGUCCAAUCAACAGGCAUUUCAAGUAUGCAACUCAGUUGAUGAAUGAGAAAAAAUACAGAGCUGAUUAUGAGCAGCGGAAAGAUAAAUACCAGCUGGUAGUCGAUGAGCCUAGACAUCUGCUGGCUAAGACCGCAGGCGACCAGAUCAGCCAGAUCAAGUACAGGAAAAAAUAUGAAAAAUCAAAGGACAAAUUCACCUCAGUUGUGGAUACUCCAGAACACCUGCGCACUACAAAAGUCAACAAGCAAAUCAGUGAUAUACUUUAUAAACUGGAAUACAACAAGGCCAAACCCAGAGGCUACACCACAAUCCACGAUACACCCAUGCUGCUUCAUGUCCGAAAGGUGAAAGAUGAAGUUAGUGAUCUAAAGUAUAAAGAAGUUUACCAAAGAAAUAAAUCUAACUGCACCAUUAAGCCAGAUGCCGUUCAUAUCAAAGCAGCCAGGGAUGCCUACAAAGUCAACACCAAUCUGGACUAUAAGAGGCAAUAUGAAGCCAACAAAGCCUAUUGGAAGUGGAUACCUGAUCGCCCAGACUUCAUCCAGGCUGCCAAGUCAUCACUACAGCAAAGCGACUUUGAAUAUAAGCUGGACCGAGAGUUCCUCAAAGGCUGCAAGCUUUCUGUCACUGACGAUAAGGACAUGGUGCUGGCCCUCAGGAACUCUUUAAUAGAAAGUGAUCUGAAAUACAAAGAGAAACACGUUAAAGAAAGAGGAACGUGUCAUGCUGUGCCUGACACCCCACAGAUCCUCCUGGCAAAGACUGUCAGCAAUCUGGUGUCUGAGAACAAGUACAAGGACCAUGUCAAGAAGCACCUGGCCCAGGGCUCAUACACAACACUGCCAGAGACCCGGGACACAGUUCACGUCAAGGCAGUAACCAAGCAUGUCAGUGAUACAAAUUACAAAAAGAAGUUUGUCAAAGAGAAAGGGAAGUCCAACUACUCCAUCAUGCAGGAGCCUCCAGAAGUGAAACACGCAAUGGAAGUGGCCAAAAAGCAGAGUGACGUCGCUUAUAAAAAAGAUGCCAAAGAGAAUCUACAUUACACCACAGUGGCUGACCGACCAGACAUCAAGAAGGCCACACAGGCAGCCAAACAGGCCAGUGAGGUGGAGUACAGAGCCAAGCACCGUAAGGAAGGCAGCCAUGGGUUAAGCAUGCUUGGCCGCCCAGACAUUGAGAUGGCCAAGAAGGCAGCGAAGCUGAGCAGCCAGGUUAAAUACCGAGAAAAUUUUGACAAAGAGAAGGGCAAGACACCAAAAUUUAAUCCGAAAGACAGCCAGCUCUAUAAAACAAUGAAAGAUGCUAACAAUCUCGCAAGUGAGGUUAAAUAUAAGGCUGACCUGAAGAAACUUCACAAACCUGUGACUGAUAUGAAGGAAUCUCUGAUAAUGCAUCAUGUCCUGAAUACAAGCCAACUUGCCAGCUCUUACCAGUACAAGAAGAACUACGAGAAGAAUAAAGGCCACUACCACACAAUACCUGACAACCUGGAGCAGCUGCACCUGAAAGAGGCCACAGAGUUACAGAGCAUAGUGAAAUACAAAGAAAAAUAUGAAAAGGAGAGAGGAAAGCCCAUGUUGGACUUUGAGACACCAACAUACAUCACUGCCAAAGAGUCUCAGCAGAUGCAGAGUGGGAAAGAAUAUAGGAAAGAAUAUGAAGAGUCCAUUAAAGGCAGAAACCUGACGGGCCUGGAGGUCACACCAGCUUUAUUACAUGUCAGACAUGCAACCAAAAUAGCAAGCGAGAAAGAGUACAGGAAAGAUCUAGAAGAAAGCAUCCGUGGGAGGGGUCUCACUGAAAUGGAAGAUACUCCUGACAUGCUGAGAGCAAAGAACGCCACUCAAAUCCUCAAUGAGAAAGAAUACAAACGAGACCUGGAACUGGAAGUCAAAGGCAGAGGCCUGAAUGCCAUGGCCAAUGAAACUCCAGAUUUUAUGCGGGCCAAGAAUGCUACUGACAUUGCCAGUCAGAUUAAGUAUAAGCAAUCAGCUGAAAUGGAAAAAGCCAAUUUCACUUCUGUUGUUGAUACCCCAGAGAUCAUUCAUGCCCAGCAAGUCAAGAACCUUUCAAGCCAGAAAAAGUACAAGGAAGAUGCAGAGAAAUCUAUGUCAUAUUAUGAGACUGUUUUGGACACUCCAGAGAUGCAGAGAGUCCGAGAGAACCAAAAGAAUUUCAGCCUUCUCCAAUACCAGUGUGACCUUAAAAACAGUAAAGGAAAAAUUACAGUUGUUCAAGACACGCCAGAAAUACUGCGUGUUAAAGAAAAUCAAAAGAAUUUCAGCUCGGUUUUAUAUAAAGAGGAUGUCUCCCCGGGAACAGCAAUUGGAAAGACCCCUGAGAUGCUGAGAGUGAAGCAAACGCAGGACCACAUCAGCUCGGUAAAGUAUAAAGAAGCAAUCGGACAAGGAACUCCAAUCUCUGACCUUCCUGAAGUGAAGCGUGUAAAGGAGACCCAGAAGCACAUUAGCUCGGUUAUGUACAAAGAAAACUUGGGAACAGGCAUUCCAACUACUGUCACUCCAGAGAUUGAGAGAGUCAAACGCAAUCAAGAGAACUUUAGCUCGGUUUUGUACAAAGAGAAUUUGGGGAAAGGAACCCCUACAGCUAUCACUCCAGAGAUGGAGAGAGUCAAACGCAAUCAAGAGAACUUUAGCUCGAUAUUGUACAAAGAGAACUUGAGCAAGGGGACCCCCCUACCUGUCACUCCAGAGAUGGAGCGAGUCAAACGCAAUCAAGAAAACUUUAGCUCGGUGUUGUACAAAGAGAACCUCGGAAAAGGGAUUCCAAUCCCCAUCACUCCAGAGAUGGAGCGAGUCAAACACAAUCAAGAAAACUUUAGUUCGGUGCUAUACAAGGAGAACCUGGGGACAGGAACGCCAAUCCCCAUCACUCCUGAGAUGCAGAGGGUCAAACACAAUCAAGAAAACCUUAGCUCGGUGUUAUACAAAGAAAACAUGGGCAAGGGAACCCCUUUACCCGUCACUCCAGAGAUGGAGAGAGUCAAACACAAUCAAGAAAAUAUUAGCUCGGUUUUGUACAAAGAAAAUGUGGGGAAAGCCACCCCAACCCCUGUCACUCCAGAGAUGCAGAGAGUCAAACGCAAUCAAGAAAACAUUAGCUCGGUACUAUACAAAGAGAACAUGGGGAAAGCAACACCCACACCCUUUACUCCUGAGAUGGAAAGAGUCAAACGCAAUCAAGAAAAUUUUAGCUCGGUAUUGUACAAAGAGAAUAUGAGAAAAGCAACUCCAACACCUGUCACUCCAGAGAUGGAGAGAGCUAAGCGCAACCAAGAAAACAUUAGCUCGGUCCUUUAUUCUGACAGCUUCCGGAAACAAAUACAAGGCAAAGCUGCUUACGUGCUGGAUACCCCAGAGAUGAGACGGGUGAGAGAAACCCAACGGCACAUCUCAACAGUGAAAUAUCAUGAAGACUUUGAGAAACACAAAGGCUGUUUCACACCAGUGGUGACAGAUCCUAUCACUGAACGAGUAAAGAAGAACACACAGGACUUCAGUGACAUUAACUAUCGAGGUAUUCAGAGAAAAGUGGUAGAAAUGGAACAAAAACGGAACGACCAAGACCAUGAGACUAUUACAGGUUUGCGAGUCUGGAGAACUAACCCUGGUUCAGUUUUUGACUAUGAUCCAGCAGAAGACAAUAUUCAGUCCCGAAGCUUACACAUGAUUAAUGCGCAAGCCCAGCGCCGGAGCCGGGAGCCAUCCCGAUCUGUCAGUGCUCUGAGUCUCAGUGGGGGUGAGGAGAAAUCGGAGCACUCUGUGGACCACCACCUCUCCUCUUACAGCGAUGGAGGCGCCUUCUUCUCUGCAACCUCCACAGCUUACAAACAUGUGAAAACCACAGAACUGCCCCAACAGCGAUCAUCUUCAGUCGCUACCCAACAGACAACACUGUCUUCUAUCCCGUCGCACCCAUCCACUGCCGGAAAAAUCUUCCGUGCUAUGUAUGACUAUAUGGCUGCAGAUGCAGACGAAGUGUCGUUUAAAGAUGGAGAUGCUAUAGUAAAUGUUCAAGCAAUUGAUGAAGGCUGGAUGUACGGCACUGUGCAGAGGACUGGCAGGACCGGCAUGCUCCCAGCCAACUACGUGGAAGCUAUUUAAGGAAGCAUGUCAAGAUUUCACAUCUGUCUGCAGUAUAUACAGAUCUGGCAGGCAACAGUUCAGUUGGGACUCCUGUUACCCAAGUUCUAAAGCUGCCUAGUGCUUUCCCUGUGUCAGUAUAUCACUCAGGGCGAUAUACUUGUUUCUAUAGGAACCUCAGCUAUUCUUCUAGAAAUCAAAUGGUAGUUAUGACUGUCCAAUUCUUACACAAGACUUACAUCUUCAUGAUUUUCUGGUCUUGUACAUGAAACUACAGGCAACAGUAAACCUAUAAAAGUUCAUUUUAUCAAACUUCCUUUCAGUUUUAAAAUAAGUUGAAUUUCACAAUAAAAUUUUUUAAAGCUCCUGCAAUGUUAUAGUAUUACUGAAUCAACCCAGAGUCUUUCCCAAUUAUAAAAGUUUUAAUGUCAUUUUCUUUCUGAAUAUGCCAAACACAGUAAAAGAAAAAUGGCAGAUGUUUUUUCUUUGCUUACUAAAUUCUAAUGCUUGUAUUUCAAAUCUGAUUUCUGAAGUUAUAGUCAAAUACAAACUGGUGAGAAACUAGUAACUAAUAAAAUCUGUAAUUCUGCAACAAAC